AUGGAGGUGAAUGAGUACAUUUUCAUUGAUGAGGUUGGGUUCAACCUCGUGAAGAAGAGGCGCCGGGGCAGAAGUGUCAUUGGCCAGCGGGCCAUUGUUGAGGUCCCCGGCCAGCGUGGUGGCAACAUCACGAUUGCUGGGAUCAGGAACACAGGACCUGGUUUGGCUGCCGCCUGUGGCACUGCUGGUUCACGUGAACGCGUGGAGGAGUCCGUGCUCGGGGCUCGUCUGUUCCCCGGGAACGCGCUGCCUUUGGAGGAGCUGUCACAGCCCGAGGGCGGGGGCGGGGGCGGGGGCGGGGAGCGCAUAAAAACAGCGCACCCUCCUCUCCUCGCCCUGCUGUGCGUAAACGCGGCGCACAGAGCGGGCGCAGGUGUCGGGUCGGCGGGCAUCGUGGAGACGUGGAGGGCGGCGGGUGCCGGUGCCGGUGCCGGUGCCGGGGCUGGGCAGACUGGUUCUGCUGGUCCUGGUUCUGCUGGUGCGGCGCAGCGGAGCAGAUGUGUGGACCGUGCCUGCAGUCCGCCGAUAGGGAACCUGGCUACUGGCCGGAUGCUCCGAACCCUCCACCAAAGCCUGUGCCCCCACCCUGCUGUGAAGCAGGGCUGCCAGGAGGACGCCCACCCCCCUGCUCUCAUGGCCGAUGACCCUUUCUCACAUCCGGAGACCUGGUGGGCAUCGGGAGGACGCAACCCCUCUCAGGAGGCACAGGACGAGAUACGCUUGGAUCUGGAAACGCACUUCUGUCUGUCUCACGUCGUCCUGGUUUUCAAGUCCCCCCGGCCUGCUGCCAUGGUCAUUGAACGCUCAACAGACUUUGGGAAGACCUGGGAAGCUCUCAAGGUCUUUGCAAAGAACUGCAGCGUGGACUUUGGCUUGCCCGAUGACCUUGAUCAGCCGGGGUCUCUCUGCACGUCCCGUUAUUCUUCUGCUCAGCCCUGCAGCGGUGGCGAGGUGAUACUGCGCUCCCUCGACCCCACCGCCUCUCACACACGAGACCCCUACAGUCCUGAGACCCUCGCCCUCCUGACCCUCACUAAUCUCCGCAUCAAACUCCUAAAAGCUCAGCCUUGUCCUGCAUCUCUGACCCCCCCCUCUGGAUGGACAGGCUCCCCAGUCUCAGCUCCGGCCCCCAAACCCCAGCACACGCCCUCAGCACCGUACGCUAUUUACACAGUAUUGGCCAGAGGAACCUGCCUAUGCCACGGCCAUGCUGAGUACUGUGCACCGUACACCGGCAGCGAGGACCGACCGGAGGACAGGAACGUGGUGUUUGGGAGGUGCCUCUGCGCUCACAACACAGGAGGGGAUCACUGUGAGACGUGCGCGCCGCUCUACAGAGACAGUCCUUGGAGGCCGGCCAACGGCAGCAGCGGCGAGCCCAACCCGUGUCAGAAGUGCGAGUGCCACGGCCACGCCGACAGCUGCCACUUCUCCCAGCACGCGUGGGUUUCCUCCGGCGGCACCAGCGGCGGCGUCUGUGACCUCUGUCGACACAACACCGCUGGACGCAGGUGCCACCGCUGUCGCCAUGGCUACCAUCGCCACCCAUCCUUCCCCCUGAAGUCUGCUCACGCCUGCACACGCUGCUGGUGUGAUCCUCAGGGCUCCCUGCCUCCCCUGCCGGGGGAGGAUGGACCGUGGUGUCACCCCCGCACCGGCCAGUGCCGCUGCAAACCGGGCGUGGGGGGCGUGAGCUGCAGCCGCUGCCUUCCGGGGUCCUGGGGCUUCGGAGAGGGCGGGUGCAGACCCUGCACCUGCCGGAGCAGCUGCGACCCGACCACCGGACGCUGCCGGGACAGUUACACAAAUAACCAAGUGUUAAACAUCCCCAUGGGUGGAAGGAUCCCAGACGUGGAUGAGGUGCUGACGGCUGAGGACGACGCGCGCUGGUCCAAGGAGCUGGCGGUCUCUGCUCUGCGCUACACAGGGAAGUGCAGGUGCAAGGAGAGGAGGCUUAGCAGCGCGUCAGACUUGUGCAGGACGGACCUGGACUACGUGAUCAAGGCCGGCGUGCUGUCUGCUCACGACAAGGGCAGUCACGCAGAAGUGCGGGUCAAAGUCCGGAAAGUGCUGCGGUCGGGCCGGGAGCUGAGCCCCGGGACCAUCAGCAUCUACCCUCUGUCGUGGACGAGCCGCGGCUGCACCUGCCCCUUACUCAACCCCGGGAUGGAGUACCUGUUGGCCGGCCCGGAGGAGCCCGGGACCGGCCGUCUGCUGGUCACCAUGCAGAGCCUGGCCGUCCCCUGGACGCCCCGACUCGCUGCGUUUGUGUCGGAGGCCGUGAGGACCGGCUGCUCGUGACCCGGCAGGGCCGGACGUGCGUCGGACGACCUCCGACCUGGAGCUGCUCCUAACUGCCACCUCAAAGACAAGCCUGCUCACAAAGCUGACGCCGGGUCGUCUCCACGUCACAGUAAAGCUGAACAUUUCCAUUUAAGAGCAAAACAACCACGUCAGAGACAUAAACAAUCACUUAUAUACGCAGAAUAUUCUUUAACUAGAGAGAUUUUGUUUUAAUUUUGUUUUAAGUGUUGCUAAAAAUAACCGUCUCCUUUUGUUUCCUGCUAUUUGCUCAUCCGUUGACUAAUAAAUGUAAGAAAACUAUCCCGUAAAAGUGGAUAUUGCUCUUUCAUUUCA